AUGGAAAUAAUAAUCUUUAAAAGUUUUACUGUAUAUUAACGUUCAAGUGUCUCUGUUCCCAAAGGUCUGCCCAGGGCACCCCUGAUGGGAAUAUUGCAUGAUACACAGAUUUUGUGUCCCGUCUUCCUCAAAUCCUCAAAACAACUGAACUCUGGAACAUGUCCAGCCCUUGGAGUUUCCAGUUAGAGGUCAUGGACCCAUGGCUCCUUGUGGCUCCCUCUUCAUCUUCUGUCCAGUCCUGCUUACCCCUGCCCCUAGAUCCCCCAUUUCCUGCCACAACAGGCAAAGCAACUGGGUAUUUGUACUACGGAGGGGAGACUGCCUUUGGGGGCUGGCCAUGCUUCUUCUUCAGCUUCAGGUCCAGUGUUUGGCCUACUGGUUCAGGAUUUUUGUUGUUAUCUUGGGUUCUCUGAACGGACCUCAUCCUCUUUACUGGGGUCUUUCUGCUACACUGGUUCCUCUUCCCCUCCUGGGGGUGGUGGUGAGGUCAGGCAGGUGGAAGUAAGGUAUAGGGACCACUGGGGUAAGCACCUGAUUUCAAGGUAACAGAUGACCCACUUCUCUCCUCGAAUCCAGCCCCAGCCUCAUCCUCCCACCUCCUAUCUAGCUCCACUUCCCUUGGGCCCAGGGCCAUCUUAGGCCCUGCUGCGAGUCCAGAUGGUUCCUAGGCCAGGUCUUUCCCCCACCUUGCUGGCCUAGAGCCCAGGAGGAAGCAGAAGAAGGCCAGCUUAAGCGUUUUGGUGGCCCUGUUCCCUCCAGCAGCCCCAUCUAGGUCAUCUUGCCGAUGCCAGCGUCCCUGGGCCACCUCUUCUGGAGUUAUUCAUGUAUAGCAGAGACUUACCCUGCCCAUCCUGGUAGAGAUUGGUCUUAGGCCCUCAGCCCCCCAUUCAUUAAUAUCUGCCAUAAGCACUUUUUGAGCAUCUACUGUGUGUCAGUCACUGUUCCAGGUCCUCAGGAUCUAGCCGUGACCUAAACAGACAGAAAUCUACCCUGGCGGAGCUGAUCUUCUAGUUAUGGCGGUCGCCAUGGAUCGGAUGAAGAAGAUCAAGCGGCAGCUGUCAAUGACACUCCGAGGGGGCCGAGGUGUGGACAAGACCAAUGGUGCCCCUGAACAGAUAGGCCUGGAUGAGAGUGGGGGUGGUGGCGGCAAUGACCUCGGAGAGGUACCCACUCGUGCCGCUCCUGGGGAACCUCGCUCUGGACGGGGCCCUCUCAGUUCUGCACCAGAAAUUGUACACGAGGACUUGAAGAUGGGGUCUGAUGGGGAAAGUGACCAGGCUUCAGCCACGUCCUCCGAUGAGGUGCAGUCGCCAGUGAGGGUGCGCAUGCGCAACCAUCCCCCACGCAAGAUCUCCACUGAGGACAUCAACAAGCGCCUAUCACUACCAGCCGACAUCCGGCUGCCUGAGGGCUACCUUGAGAAGCUGACCCUCAAUAGCCCCAUCUUCGACAAGCCCCUCAGCCGCCGCCUCCGCCGUGUCAGCCUGUCUGAGAUUGGCUUUGGGAAACUGGAGACCUACAUCAAGCUAGACAAGCUGGGAGAGGGUACCUAUGCCACCGUCUACAAAGGCAAAAGCAAGCUCACGGACAACCUUGUGGCACUCAAGGAGAUCAGACUGGAACACGAAGAAGGGGCACCCUGCACCGCCAUCCGGGAAGUGUCCCUGCUCAAGGACCUCAAACAUGCCAACAUCGUCACGCUACAUGACAUUAUCCACACGGAGAAGUCCCUCACCCUUGUCUUUGAGUACCUGGACAAGGACCUGAAGCAGUACCUGGAUGACUGUGGGAACGUCAUCAACAUGCACAACGUGAAACUGUUCCUGUUCCAGCUGCUUCGUGGCCUGGCCUACUGCCACCGGCAGAAGGUGCUACACCGAGACCUCAAGCCCCAAAACCUGCUCAUCAACGAGAGAGGAGAGCUCAAGCUGGCCGACUUUGGCCUGGCCCGGGCCAAGUCAAUUCCAACGAAGACCUACUCCAAUGAGGUGGUGACACUGUGGUACCGGCCCCCCGACAUCCUGCUUGGGUCCACAGACUACUCUACCCAGAUUGACAUGUGGGGUGUGGGCUGCAUCUUCUAUGAGAUGGCCACAGGCCGACCCCUCUUCCCAGGCUCCACGGUGGAGGAACAGCUGCAUUUCAUCUUCCGUAUCUUAGGAACCCCAACUGAGGAGACAUGGCCAGGCAUUCUGUCCAACGAAGAAUUUAAGACAUACAACUACCCCAAGUAUCGAGCCGAGGCCCUUUUGAGCCAUGCACCCCGAUCCUCUUGUCCUUGCGGUAGACUUGACAGCGACGGGGCUGACCUCCUCACUAAGCUGCUGCAGUUUGAAGGUCGCAAUCGGAUCUCCGCAGAGGAUGCCAUGAAACAUCCAUUCUUCCUCAGUCUGGGGGAGCGGAUCCACAAACUUCCUGACACUACUUCCAUAUUUGCACUAAAGGAGAUCCAGCUACAAAAGGAGGCCGGCCUUCGGUCUUCGUCAAUGCCUGACUCAGGCAGGCCAGCUUUCCGCGUGGUGGACACCGAGUUCUAAGCCAGAGACCGAGGCCCCAGCAGGCAGCAGCUGGAGGGAUGCCACUCCCCCUCACAGGGCAGCCCCCAACUGUAUCCUCCUUGCUUGCUGCCUGCCUACCUGCCUGACUCAUGCUCGCCUGCCCACAUGUCCCCUGCUGCCUGUCCAAACACCCGACCAUUGGCCUGUCAACCCACCCAUUGGCCUGUCUGCUGGGUGCUAACAAAGCUCUCAUCGCUCCUUC